AAGCCACCGGGCUGAGGCACCGGGCUGAGGCACCGGGCUGAGGCACCGGGCUCUGCCAGCCGGGCAAAGCCACCGGGCUGAGGCACCGGGCUGAGGCACCGGGUUGGGCCACCGGGCUCUGCCAGAGCCUCACCCGGCCGAGCCCCGGCGCCCGGGUGAAGGAUGCGCACCGACACCGGCUCCAGCUGACGGGUCUGAGGGCACCGGAGCGUCCCCGCACACACCUGCGGCAUGGCUCUGCUGCUCGCCUGGGCGUGUGUGGCUGUGAGCGUGGGGACGGCGCUGGGCGACCAGGGCGACGGGGCGGACCUCUACUCGGAAAACAUCACUCGGAUCCUCGACAAGUUGUUGGACGGCUACGACAACAGGCUCCGACCGGGAUUUGGAGGCGCCGUGACAGAAGUCAAGACGGACAUCUACGUGACCAGCUUCGGGCCGGUGUCCGACGUGGAGAUGGAAUACACAAUGGAUGUCUUCUUUCGUCAGACGUGGACUGAUGAGAGGCUGAAGUUUAGUGGGCCAACUGAAAUUUUGAGACUGAACAAUUUAAUGGUCAGUAAAAUUUGGACACCAGACACGUUUUUUAGAAAUGGAAAAAAAUCAAUUGCUCACAAUAUGACAACCCCUAACAAACUUUUCAGAAUUAUGCAGAAUGGAACUAUUCUUUACACUAUGAGACUAACUAUUAAUGCUGACUGUCCCAUGCGGCUGGUGAAUUUCCCAAUGGAUGGACACGCCUGUCCACUGAAAUUUGGAAGCUAUGCUUAUCCAAAAAGUGAAAUAAUUUAUACUUGGAAGAAAGGACCAUUGCAUUCAGUAGAAGUACCACAGGAGUCUUCCAGUCUUCUCCAGUAUGACCUCAUAGGACAAACUGUAUCCAGUGAAACAAUUAAAUCUAACACAGGUGAAUAUGUAAUCAUGACAGUUUAUUUCCACUUGCAAAGGAAGAUGGGCUACUUCAUGAUACAGAUAUACACUCCUUGCAUUAUGACAGUCAUUCUUUCUCAGGUGUCUUUCUGGAUUAACAAGGAGUCUGUUCCAGCCAGGACAGUUUUUGGAAUCACUACAGUGCUCACGAUGACCACCCUGAGCAUCAGCGCUCGCCACUCCCUGCCCAAGGUGUCCUACGCCACCGCCAUGGACUGGUUCAUCGCCGUGUGCUUUGCCUUUGUCUUCUCUGCACUUAUUGAGUUUGCAGCUGUCAACUACUUCACCAAUCUCCAGACUCAGAGAGCAAUGAGGAAGGCAGCCAGGGCAGCAGCACUGGCAGCAGCACUAUCAGCAGCAACUGUACCGGCAGAGGACGAGAUUGUCUCGCAUUCUGACUCCAACUCUAACCUGAAGAAGCGAGUGAACUCCAUCACAUCUCAGGCAGAGCAGUCUCCUGAACCCAGCAUAAUAUCAAAUACUGCAUCCCAGUGUCAGCCUCUGCCUGUUCCUCCACCAGCCCCACCACAACCACCACCUAUUGGAGGUGCAAGCAAAAUAGACCAGUAUUCCAGGAUCCUCUUUCCAGUGGCAUUUGCAGGAUUCAACCUGGUGUACUGGGUUGUUUAUCUUUCAAAAGACACUAUGGAAUUUUUUGAACCUUCAGCAAUGCAUUUUCGAAAUGACCCUCAGUCCAACUGAAGAACAGCUCAAGAUUUCAAGGAAAUCCCUCAAGGUCACAGAGGAUUGAAGCGACUUCAAAGGAUUUGCCUGUCCACAGGUGAUCUCAGUUUUCAAACAGGGAAUAUUUUUAUUGGACAUUACCUGGAUGCAAACUCUGGACAAAUCAAGAGCUGCAAACUUCUUAGGGAUCUAAUUAAUAUUUUCUUAAGAUUUCUUACAAUGAUUCUACUACAGAAGUUAUUUUUAAAUUAUUUGUCUAAUUGUCAAAGGAAAGACUGUUCAUUUCUUCCAAAACAUUUGUAAACAAUUGAAUGUUUACAUUUAUAUGAAACAUCAAUAAAAGGGUUUGGGCUUUUUUAAUAGAAUAAGGAUUGCUAAACUCAGCUGAUUCUGAAAUGGUAUAACUUGGCAUAGUUUCAGUGAAAAAUCUAGGAGUUGUACUGAUUUUCAGCACUUGAAAGUGACCCAAAACAAUGCUGGAUAGAAAUCCUAUGAAAAGGAGCUGUAGUUCUAUCAUGUUUUAACUCCUUAAUAUAAAAUAUAAAGGAUUAGUUCUUAAUUAUUUUCAAUUUAAUUUUCAUAUUUGAGAUGACACUUAUAAAGAAUUAGAUACAAGGGGGGAAAAGGAAACAUAAGCUAUUUUUUUUGUGCUUUAGCUAGUUGGUUACCACAGUGUAACUUCCUUUGUUGAAAGUCACCAUUGAAGUACAACAAGACCAAUAACAAGCAAUUUCUUGGCAGAAUCUAGAAAUGUUGGACUGGAAUUUCAGGGAGUUUUUAAGGUCUAAAGCUGAAUAGACAGAAAGAUGCAGCUACUCAUCAGGCUAAAUGCAAGCCUCCAGCUCCAGGGAACUUCCUGGAAGCAGGCCUUGAUUACUAGUUAAGGAACAGCUUUUUUUAUCAGCUGAUUCUACUGAAUUGCCUGUAGCAAACUCCCUAGAAAUGUUUUCUAGAGCCAAAGAACUGCCAGCACAUUCAGAGUUUAAAGGUAAUAAUAUUUUGCCACUCUCAACACAAACAGUUACAGAAUUCCCUCAUUCACCCUUCAUCUCUAUGAUCCUUCUCAGGAAUGUAAUUAGGAAACAUAUGUCUAAUCAAACCAAAUUACUGCUGGUGUAAUGGACAUUGGGAGGAGUCAGAAGCACACAAAGAAGUUUUAUAUGAAGCUAAAUAAAAAGUAAGGAUUCCAUCCUAUCUUGAAAUUUCAAUACGAUAAAAUUAACCAGAAACAUGAAAUAAUAGGCAGAUUCAGGAUAUGCAGAGUCAUUUACGUUGUCUACACAAACAUCUUAAUCCCUGUGAGAAAAUUCUCACAGGCUAAUUGAUUCCAGUAAGUCACCAACCUUUUAUUGGUACCACAACCAUUUUAACUAUUUGAAGGCCUUGCUCCAGCUGUUUUCCUCCUCCUAUUUCUAGAGCUUUUACUGCUGUGGUAGCUGGAGUGAUCAUGGGAAAUCCUUUUUGCACACCCUGUUCUCUAACUCUGAAGGGCUUAAAUGAAACAAUUUAAGGAUUUUACUCAAUAAUAAAUAUUAUUUGUACAGAAAUGUCACAUUUGCUAUUUGCUUUUUCUGACUGGCUGCAAGCUGGCACACUUGGAGGUACUUGUAAAUGCAUGGAAUUAUAUGUACAUUUUGCUUUCAAACUAAAGUCCUGAAAAUUUUUCCUAUUUGCAGCCUUUUUAUACUGUUGUAAGAAAAAAUUAAACUAUGGAUACUGGGAAAAUAUUUUAUAAUUUGUAAAUACAUCUUAUGUUGAAAAAAGCAAAUUAUGCAGUAGGGACCCAGAAUUUAUUUUUUAGAAUAACUAUACUCACUCUUGCUUCACUAGUUUCUAUUUUGAGUACAUUAAUAUCUCUAAGAGUUUCCAGAGUACUUUAAAACUGGUUUAUACACUAUAUGAAAAUGCUUAAAAGCUAUGGUAAAAAAUGUAACACUAAAGGAGCUAAAUUUUGUAUCUAGUCUUUGCUUAAAAGCAAUCUGAAUACUAAUUUUACAGCAGAUGCAGAAAGUUACUAAAUAGUGACUAUUUCCUUGAAAUGUAGUAUUUCAGUAUAUAAAAUGGUGGUAACUCCCCAAUUAGGAAGCAGCAUAAGCAUCUUAAAGUUGUUUUAGUAGCUCUUGGUAUUUAAUAACACAUUUCAACAUGAGCACAAACACUGCUUAUCUUUUUUCUCCAAAGAGCUUUUCCUGUGGGUAUGGCAGAGAAGGGUUGGUUCUCCUCAGCAUUUUGAAUGGUAGGAAGGGAAUGCGUAUUUUUCCUGUUACAUACUUUGUAGAGACAUGGGUGUAAUCAAUAAUGUUAAUAAUGUCAAGUUAUAUCUUAGAAGAAAUGCAAUUACUUACAAUUAAUGUCACUUCCUAACAAUCCUGGUUAUGGUCAAACACUAAUCAACCAAGCAAGACAGUAAAAGAGCAGAGAACUAGAAAAAGGUUAUAUACAUAUAUGUAUAUAUUUCUGUAUGCAUAUAUACAUAUGUAUUUCUGUAGAAAAUAUAAAUAAUCAAUAAAUAAUACCAUAAUAAAUAAUA